AUGGCCUUGUUCAAACAGCUUUGUGUGAUCAUCAUCAGUGGAUUGGUGUUUCAUAUAAGGAUAAUGGUGGCUCAAGUCAGAGCACAUGAUUUGGACACUGGUUUCUUCAGUCAUGUUUUCACUUCAAUAUAUGGUCAGAAAUGUCAUUCUCAGCUUUCAGUGGUCCAGGAGGUUGGACAUAGUGUUGCAGAAAGUGGUGACAUGAAGGUCUGUGAAAAUGCUGAUUGUGUCUGGAAAGAUCUGAACAUACUGGGCUGGAACCUUGAAAAUCUCAUUGCUGUUGCUGUAGGACCUGCUGCACAUAUCUGGAAUGGAAGAACUCUUCAAGCCAUUGAAAGCAUUGAUGUGAAUUCCACUUCCAGCUACAUUUCAUCUCUGGCUUGGAUAAAAGAAGGAACUUGCCUUGCAGUUGGCACUAGUGAUGGAGAAGUGCAACUGUGGGACCUUGAAACCAAAAAGAGGUAGAAUAUGUUUGGCCACCUGUCUGUAAUUGGAGCUCUUAGAUGGAAUCCUUGUAUUUUGAGCAGUGGUUCAUGGUUAGGAUCUGUUCAUCACCAUGAUGUGUGGGCUGCUCAUCGCCAUGUUGGGACUCUUUGCCAAAACAGCAUUUGCAGCCUGAAAUGGUCACUAACCAACCAGUUGCUGGCAAGAGGGUCUAUUGAUGGUAUAUUGGAUAUCUGGCCUAGUGACCCUGGUGUGAAAUUGCAGGCACAGCCCCUGAAAACCAUACCUCAUUCUUCAGCGGUCAAGAUUAUUUUGAGUCACAAAGGAAUAGUCCUGCAUAUAGCCCUGAGCCCAGUUCAGAGCAGGAUCUGUUCUGUUGUGGCUGAUGGAAUAGCUUGUCGGUGGAAGGGCAAGUCUGGGGAGAGCAAGCACAGGAGCAAGGUUUUUUGUGAUGGUUAUCUCAGCUCAUUCUUGUGA